AUGACUGAUCCACGAUACAAUAAAAAAGUGGAUGUUUAUAUUUACAUGUUUCUGUGUGAAUUUGUUGCUUUUUGGAUUAUGAUACUGGGUUAUGUUUCAUUUGGACCGAGUACUGGAAUGGGUGAUAAUGCACUGGAAUUUCUUAAAUCUAACAGGAUUCCUCUUCCAUUUAUUUCAAUGCUUCUUGUGCAAUUCAUCUUCAUUAUAAUUGAUCGAGGGUUAUUCUUGCAAAAACACGUUCUUGGAAAGUUCAUAUUUCAAAUUAUUCAUGUUGUAUUAAUUCAUGGAUGGUUGUUUUUCAUCUUGCCAAAUAUUACAAGAACCCCGUUCACUUCUGGUCUGGCGCCUCAAUUAUUAUAUUUGAUCAAGUGCGUGUACUUUUCCUUGUCCGCCUAUCAAAUUCGUAGUGGUUAUCCUCGCCGUAUAUUGGGAAACUUUUUAACGAAGAACUACAAUUAUAUCAAUUUAGUUUUAUUCAAAGGAUAUUUACUUAUACCGUUUUUGUACGAAUUACGAAAUGUUAUGGAUUGGAUGUGGACGAGUAGUGCAUUGUCUUUGUAUCACUGGAUGGAGUUGGAGGAUGUUUACUCCAAGAUAUUUAUUCUCAAGUGUUGGCGUCGUUCUGAACUUGCCUACCCUACUCCAAGGGGACAAAAUCGAGAUGCCAGUAAAAAAGCACUCACUGGCGGUUUGUUGUUGGCGUUCUUCUUUAUCUGUUUUUGGGGUCCAAUGGCUUUGACUUCAUUCAUUGGUGCUACCUUCGAUGUGAAUCCACCCGUCUUGUGUAGUUUCAGUUUCUCAUUCGGAGGGUUUCCACCCACGUUUGAAUUUACUUCACGUGAAGGAAACAUAUUUACUGUUAAUGCAUCUGCAUUAAGUAAUUUCAUUCGUUGUCAUGAAAAAGACAAGCAAACAUUUGGGUUUUUGCACAAUUUUGAAUGGAAUGAUCUUCGCUAUGUGACGAUUGAUGGCUUUUCUGGAAACAUUUGGGCUAUUACACCACCAUCUUAUCAGGCAUUAAUGAAGAAACUAAGUUCUCCUGAUUCAGAUCUGUUAUUACAUUUCCAUAUGAAAUGUCGCAGAUCCACGAAAGAAAUCCAAUCUAGUCAUACAUCAGUAGAAGAUAUAUUCAGCAGGAAACUGACACCGGAAGAGAAAUUACAGUUGCUUAUGGUAGUGAACUCAACGGACUCAAUAUUUCCUUCCUCUGAUCUUGUGCAAAAAACACUCAUGAAUAACAGCCACAGUAUGCCAUUAAACGGUUUUAUUACCAAGUUGCCUGAAUCCACAACUGAUUCUGUGACACUGAAUGCUGUAUUGCCAAGAUAUGUUCUACUUAAAAAAGAUCGACUUCGUGGUGCUUAUGCUUUUUUGGUAGUCAAAACACUUAUGUAA